ACAAAAACAACGUGUCAGCAUUGCAAGAGCUUUAUACUAUAAUGCAGAAAUUGUGUUAUUAGAUGAUCCAUUGUCUGCAGUUGACGCACAUGUUGGAAAAUAUUUAUUUACAAAUUGUUUUCAACGUGCACUUGCCAAAAAAACACGUCUACUUGCCACACAUCAUUUACAUUAUCUACCACAAGUUGAUUACAUAAUAUGUAUGGAAGAUGGUGAAAUCGCCGAACAAGGAACUUAUGAAGAAUUAAUGAAAAAUGAGAAAAAUUGUUCGAAGCUUAUUGCUGAAUAUGGUAAAUCUGAAAAUGAUAGUGAAAUAAAAGAAGAUAGAGAGCAAACUUUAGACGACGAUAAAGAAAAUAAAAAAGAUCAGACAGAUAUUUUGUAUAAUGAAUUAAUGUCAACAGAAGAACUGUAUAGAGGAGCAGUGAAUUAUGAAAUAUAUUUAGCAUAUAUUAGGAAUGUUGGUGGAUUGUUAUUGGUGCUAGUCAUUAUUUUUUUAUUUGCUAUGAUGAUAGGAACAGAUAUUGGAAAUAAUUUAUGGCUUUCGUUCUGGUCCAGCAAUAAGUUUGACAUUUCAAUGGGUGUUUAUUGCUCAUGGGGAGUCGCUCAAGGGAUUUUGGCUGUUUUAAGUAGUGUUGCAUUUUCUUAUGGCAGUGCCAAUGCAUCUAAGAGAUUACAUAAUAAAGCAAUUAAACGUGUAUUAAGGACGCCAACACGUUUUUUUGAUACAACUCCUUUAGGAAGAAUUAUUAAUCGUUUACUUUCUGAAUCAUUUCGAAUGUUUCUCACAUAUUUAUCGAACAUUAUUGGAAUUCUUAUUCUGACUGCAGUGGUGUUUGCGUGGUUUAUUAUCCCUAUGGUUUUUUUGAUCAUACUUUAUUAUUUAACGGCUCUUUAUUAUCGGGCGUCUAGUCGCGAAUUAAAGCGCGUUCAUUCAGUAUUAAGAUCUUCGCUAUAUGCUCAUUUUUCUGAGACACUUACAGGACUGCCAAUUAUUCGCGCUUCAAAUAUGAAUUCAGUGGAACGUUUAGUUUAUUACAAUGAUAAAUUGGAAAUAGAAGCCGAGAGUAUAAUACCGGAUAACAGACCACCACCUGGAUGGCCAUCUC